AAAGUGUCCGACAUGAUGACGUUGGAAGAUCUUUUCCAGUCGUACGUUACAGUAGCUCUGAUGCUGGUCCUCAUGUGCAUUCUUCUCUCCUUUUUUUUCCGCUCCAGGGACCAGAGGAGGGAGCCUCCUGGACCUCAACCUCUUCCCCUGCUUGGUAACUUGCUUCAGGUGGAUCACAAGAGACUGGACCGCUCUCUUGUUGAUCUUUCCAAGAAAUAUGGAUCCGUGUUCACAGUGCAUCUUGGACCCCAGAAAGUGGUGAUUCUGGCUGGAUACAAGACCGUGAAGCAGGCACUGGUCAACCAUGCUGUGGAGUUUGGAGAGAGACAAAUCCCUCAAUUUGGCAAUGACUUGAUGUUAAGCGAUUCACAGAGAAAAGGAAUCAUUUUUGCCAACGGGGAAUCGUGGAAAGAAAUGAGGCGUUUUGCUCUGAGCAACCUGAGAGACUUUGGGAUGGGAAGAAAAGCAGCAAGGAUAAAAUCAUUGAGGAGAUUCAGUAUCUGAUAGAAGUGUUUGAAAGACAUGAA